UUUCCGCUUGGCCUGCUGGGUGUCCUGUUCGUCCCGGCUGGACCGCUGGGCGUUUUCUCAGCCUUCCUAGGCUCUUCGCCCCCACAGGCAACGCCACCCAAACCUGUAGACUGCACCUGUCUUCGCCCUCUUUCCAGCCAUGCCUUUCCUUGAUGUGCAGAAAAGGCUGGACCUUAACUUAGACCGCCAGAUGACAAUCCAAAGUGCUGAGCAGCCUUACAAGUUAGCACCUCGAUGCUAUGCUUUUGAAAAAGAAUGGAUAGAAUGUGCCCAUGGAAUCGGUAGUACCCGGGCAGAGAAAGAGUGCAAGAUUGAGUUUGAUGAUUUUAGAGAAUGUUUACUGCGUCAGAAAAUGAUGAAACGCCUGGCCACCAUCAGGCAGCAGCGGGCUAAGCUGAUAAAGGAAGGGAAGUACACACCUCCACCUCACCACUUGAGCAAGGAAUAGCCCAGGCUGUGAGCCAGGGGCCACUGAUGGCUGGAAGCAGAUUUUUAUGUUCUCUCUUCUCCACUGGGAAGAUUAUUUACUGAAAAUUUUGUGAAAGUGUCUAAAAAUAAAAGAUUGCUCCAUCCUAUU